UCGGCCAGCAGCUAGCAGAACACCUGUUAGCAUCGCGUCGACUGUGUCUCUUCUCUGGCUCAGUUGUGUCUUUCUUAGAUAUCUUUUGUUGGCUGGAAGAGUGUUUGGGGGGUCAAGACAAUGCUUAGGGUCAAACAAGUUGUGGCUGCCCGUACGGCCUCUGAUGCUGCCAACGAUGGCAGGCCAGACAUUUCGCACGGCAACAGUCGCGUUUUGUUGACUUCGACUUCCCGUCCUAGACAUGUCCUGAAGCGCGAAGUUGCUCUCCUAAAAAGAGGUAACCUGGUCACCAGCCCUUCUCCUUAUCCCCCUCAGGAAGGGACGACAUGUGCCUGGGAGAGUGCAGUGUAUUGGAUGUUCUCGCUGGGCAACGGGUGCAAUGCGGCGCGCCUUCGGCCCGUCUGCCAGCUGGGUCUGGAAGCUAACCCGCAAGACAUCUGCGAUGUCUGCAAGCAACUAGCUCCAUAGACUGACCACGUCCGAUCGUGAGCGGCAGGUCAGCCCCGAGGGGGGUGACGGGAGCCCUUUGGAACCCUCGGGAUGAUUGGAUAAAAUUUUUUAGAUAUACUGUUCACCAACGUUAUCACCUGGCUACGUCAGGCGGGCGGACGGUGACGACGCUGACAGCACUUUGCCGCACUUUUAACUUUGAGAUGGUUUUAAAACUUGUUAAAGUCUCGCGCAUUUUUAAAGUUUUAAAUCUGUUUUUUAAAUUUUUGACUUCGGUUCUGUUCUGUGUAGUUUUAAUGUAAAUUUUAAUAAAUUUUAUCUGAUUUGU